GCCGUGGUACUGGAGACGCUCUCCACGUGGGCGGGCUGCACUUCCGGGGCGGGGCACAACCACCGGAAGUACGUGGGCGCCCGGGGCCAUGGCGGCGCUUGGCGUCUUCUGUCUGCUGCUCGGGGCGGUAUCCUGGCCGCCGGCCUUAGCCUCGGGCGAGGAGUUCUGGCCCGGCCAGUCGGCAGCCGACAUCUUGUCGGGGGCGGCGUCCCGCAGACGGUAUCUUCUGUACGACGUCAACCCCCCGGAGGGCUUCAACCUCCGCAGGGACGUCUAUAUCCGGGUCGCCUCCCUCCUGAAGACUCUGCUGAAGACUGAGGAGUGGGUGCUGGUGCUGCCCCCCUGGGGCCGUCUCUACCACUGGAAGAGCCCCGACAUUCACCAGGUCCGGAUUCCCUGGUCCGACUUUUUUGAUCUCCCGAGUCUCAGGAGAAACAUCCCCGUCAUAGAGUACGAGCAGUUCAUUGCAGAGUCCGGCGGGCCCUUCGUCGACCAGGUCUAUGUCCUGCAAGGUUACGCAGAGGGCUGGAAGGAGGGGGCCUGGGAGGAGAAGGUCGACAGCCGGCCCUGCAUCGAGCCGCCCCUUUACUCGCAGGACAAGCACGAGUAUUACAGAGGAUGGUUUUGGGGUUAUGAAGAGACGCGGGGUUUAAACGUUUCCUGUCUGUCUGUUCAGGGCUCGGCUUCCAUCAUUGCCCCUGUGCUUUUGAGAAACACGUCCGCGCGGUCCGUGAUGUUGGACCGAGCCGAGAACCUCCUUCACGACCACUACGGAGGGAAGGAGUACUGGGACACCCGGCGCAGCAUGGUGUUUGCCAAGCACCUGCGGGCCGUGGGGGACGAGUUCCGGAGCAGGUACCUCAAUUCCACGGACGCGGCCGACAGGAUCCCCUUCGAGGAGGACUGGACCAAGAUGAAGGUCAAGCUGGGCUCUUCGCUGGGGGGCCCGUACCUGGGCGUCCACCUGAGGAGGAAGGACUUCAUCUGGGGACACAGGGAGGACGUGCCCAGCCUGGAGGGGGCCGUGAGGAGGGUCCGCAGCCUCAUGAAGACCCACCAGCUGGACAGGGUGUUCGUGGCCACGGAUGCCGCCAGGACGGAGCUGGAUGGGCUCCGGAGGCUGCUGCCCGAGAUGGUGCGGUUCGAGCCCACGUGGGAGGAGCUGGAGCUCUACAAGGACGGGGGUGUCGCCAUCGUGGACCAGUGGGUCUGCGCACACGCCCGGUUUUUUAUCGGCACCUCGGUCUCCACGUUCUCCUUUCGAAUUCACGAGGAGAGAGAAAUCCUGGGGUUAGACCCCAAGACGACAUACAACCGGUUCUGUGGGGACGAGGAGAAGGCUUGCGAGCAGCCCACGCACUGGAGGAUCGCGUACUGAGCCGGCCCGCGGGCGCCCCCCACGCGGGCUCGCGGCUGCCCUCGGGACAGGG